AACUAGUGUGAGCAUCAUGCAGUGGGGUAAAAAAGGAAACGCAGCUGAAGGAGUAGUUGAGCGGUCAGUCUUCCUGUAGUGAUUAAAGUUUUCAGACAGCAGCUGUACACUGACAGGAACAACAUGGGCUCUCUCCCUCUGUGCUCUGUGCGGCUGCUGGUGCCUCCACUGCGUCUCAUGUCCGCCUUCAUGUGGCGAGUCGUCCAGCAGCAGAACCUGGAGUAUUUUGACAAGCUUGAAGAGUACAUCCUCCUCAUAACAAGGAUGGUCCCUGAGAUUCUGAGCGAAAGACAGAGGAGUGUGCUCAUUAUGGGUCUGAGAGCAAAGAUGAUUCUUGAAAUGUGCAAAGAUGAGCUACCAACUGAUCUAAAGACUGUCAGGGCACGUCUUCACACAAUUGAGUCUUUCAGUAUGUCUAAGAGCACUGGUUCAGAGGUGGAGGUGUUACAGGGCAGAUUGUUAAAGCUCGUCCUGAGCCUUCUUGAGGACCCGGUUAAAAAAGAGCAUUUCUUUCAGGAGGUGUUCCCGCGUGAGUACGGUCCUGAAUUUGAUAAAGCACUGCAGGUCCUAGUUGGCCAUUUUCUCUCCAGAAUGGAACAGCUCCUUCCAGUGCCCAACUUCAAACAGGCUGCCCAAUGGCUAGAUACUGAACCCACAGGUUGGGAAGAGUUAGUACAGAUGAACUGUGAUCCCACCCACUUGCUUCCUCUGCUACAAAGUGACUAUCAUGGAAACCUGGAUAGAAAUGGACUCCCGUCUAUCGUGGAGGAAAGAAUCAUCUCAUCUUUGUCUCUCGCUUCUUUGACCGAUGAUGUCGUCCCAAUUGAGAGCAAGUCUGAUGAUCAAUCCGUCAGCAUGGACAGCUCCUCCCAGACAGACCAGGAUGUGAUGCAGGACAGUAAGACGGAUGUUUUAUCCCACGUCAUCGUCACUUCAGAGCAACCAGUAUGUCAUAGCGAGACUGCAUUGGAAGAGCUGGAAUCGCUUACGUAUAACAGACAAGAAGAAGGAGAUUUAAAUGAGAACGGUCUUAAUGAAACCAGAGAGGAGACGACGAAAACCUCUCAAACGGAAAGUGAGGAUGAAACAUCAACAGACGUCGAAAGGUCUGAGCCAAGUGCAGUGAUCGCUGAUCUAGGAAAUGAUGGUGGAGGAGCUGCUGAGGAAUUAUCCACUGGAUCUGAGGGCAACAGUCGACAGAUGCUUAAAGUGAUUGUUCCAAAGCAUCUGUUACCAGCCAUUAAACAGAUCACCCUGCCGUCUGUUUUACUCUCACGCUGUACGAGCACUGAACCAGUUCCGCUUAAAGUUGUUCCUGUUUCCGAUGCAUCGUCCUCCCUGAAUUCGAGUGUUUCAGAAAAUACCAGAACCGUGAAGAGGAGGCAGGCGAGAGCACACAAGGAACAGUGUGCUAGUACAGGCAGCUACAAAUGUGUGCCCUGUAAAAUGAGCUUUAAAACACAUUUCCAGGCUUCUGUGCACCAGCGUAAAAGGCACAGGAAGUUAAUUUAUUCCUGCCCCAGCUGUGAAAAGAGUUUUGAGUCUAUGAAGGCUUGGACGAGACACCGCACAGAACACAAAGAAGAAAAGCCACAGCGGUGUACUGACUGCGGCGAAGAAUGUGCGAGCCUGCAAGCUCUAGUGGCCCAUUCCAAAACCCAUAACCACGUGGUGAGCGAGAGCUUACCAACCUCUGAGAAAGCGGCGCCCCCUCCGAAACCAGCGCCAGGAGAGUGUAAAUUUUGUGGCGAGACAUUUACUCCAAUAGAGCUGAGAAACCACUUAAAAACCCAUCCAGAGUUCCGACCUCACCAGUGUGACCACUGCGGGAGGUGUUUCGCUAACCUGAGCAACUUGUUAGCUCACAUUUCGAAUCACACAGGAGAAAAGCCACACGUGUGCUUAAACUGCGGCAAGAAGUUCUUCAGCAAGUCGCAGCUCAAGUCCCACAUGAAAUCUCAUUCGAAAGAGCGGCCAUACUGCUGCUCUUACUGCGGGAAGUGUUUCCAUACUGCUGGGAACCUUAACAUCCACACAAGGAUACACACCGGAGAGAAACCUUACACGUGCAUAGAGUGUGGGAAGGCCUUCAGCUCGGCCGGCCGUCUGCAGGUUCACCGCCGCUGCCACACUGGAGAGAAACCUUAUCAAUGCGACGUGUGUGGAAGAGGAUUCAUCGUGUCAAGUCAUCGCACGAUACACAUGAGGUCACACACAGGGGUGCGACCUUUCACGUGCGAAAUCUGCGGCAAGACCUUUUCGAGGCGGAACUGCUGGAGUGAACAUAUGUACAGUCACACAGACUCGAAACCGUUUCCCUGCCCCAUCUGCUCAAAGAGCUUUAUUCGCCGUAGCCAUUUGAAGAGACACAUGCAGAGCCACAGUGCUGACCAAAGCAAUGCUGUUUAGUAGGAUGAGUAAAAGUCUGCAAAAUGCUGUAUAUUUAAUAGCUGUUAAGCCUGUAGGCUUCAGAUUUUUUGUGGAAUUUUUAACAUGAACCUGAUAAAAACUGCUUUAUAGCAAUAAAUCCUGCUUCUUCUUU